AUAUUCACUAUUCUAUAUUCAUUAGCUACAAUUGGAGUUCUCGUCCACACAAAUGCUUUCAAACUACCAACUAGCUUAAUCUUUUUUGAUACAUUUCCAAUUAAUUAUCUUUGGUAUCAAUUAAGUAACAAUAAUAAUGGAUAAUACAGCACUUGUAAUUGUGUCCAUACUCUUCGUGAGCUUGAGCAUUUUGUUCAAACACUAUGCAAGCAGCUCUUCAAAACACUCUUGUAAGCUCCCUCCUGGACCUAAACCAAUGCCAAUUUUCGGUAAUAUUUUCGAUCUUGGCGAAAAGCCACAUCGAACCUUUGCUGAUUUGGCUAAAACCUACGGCCCUUUGAUUAGAGUAAAGCUAGGAAGCGUCACCACUAUUGUGGUGUCUUCUGCAUCUGUUGCUAAAGAAAUGUUUCUUAAUGAUCAUGCACUAUCUAGCCGAACCAUACCAGAUUCGGUUAGGGCAUGUGAUCAUAGUAAGUUUUCUUACGCAUGGAUUCCCAUUUCCCCAAAAUGGCGAAAUCUAAAAAAAAUCUCUGUCAUCCAAUUGCUUUCAAACAAGCGUCUUGAUGAUAGCCAAGACCUUAGACAAGCCAUGAUUAAACAACUUCUUGCAUAUGUGCAAAACUGUUGUACAAAACUGCAACCUAUUAAUAUUGGGAAAGCAGCAUUUACCACCACACUUAACCUAUUAUCAAACACAUUAUUCUCAAAGGAACUUGCUAGCUAUGAGUCUAGUUCUUCCCAAGAGCUUAAGAACCUUGUGUGGAACAUUAUGUUGGAAAUGAGUAGGCCUAAUUUUGCCGAUUUUUUCCCUAUUCUUGGCUAUAUUGACCCCUUUGGAGUACGCCGUCGUAUGGCUAGUUAUUAUAGUAAGCUCUUGGAUAUAUACAAUGAAAUCAUUCAUGAAAGGCAAAAUGUUCGAUCUUCUAAUCAUUUUGAAGAAAAACCAACUAAGGACAUUUUAGACAUUCUUCUCAAUCUCCACGAAGAAAAUGAAUUGAGUAUGGAUGAUCUUCUUCAUCUCCUAGUUGACAUAUUUGAUGCUGGCACAGAUACUACUGCAAAUAUAUUGGAAUGGGCAAUGACAGAGCUAAUAAAAUUUCCAAAUAUUAUGGAUAAGGUUCAGAAUGAAAUUGAUCAAGUUCUUGGAAGAGAUCAUUCAAGCAUUCAAGAAUUUGAGAUUUCAAAUCUUCCGUACUUGCAAGCCAUCAUCAAAGAAACUUUUCGUUUGCAUCCUCCAACUGCGUAUUUGUUACCCCGAAAGGCAAAUAGUGACGUAGAAUUAUGUGGCUACACUGUACCAAAGAAUUCUCAAGUCCUUGUAAGUCUUUGGAACAUUGGACGUGAUCCAAACAUAUGGAAAGAUCCGGAAGUAUUUUCUCCUGAAAGAUUUUUGGAUAGUGACAUAGAUUUUAAAGGACAAAAUUUUGAACUCUUGCCUUUUGGAGCGGGUAGGAGAAUAUGUCCUGGUAUUGCCUUGUCAUAUAGAAUGUUGACUUUGAUGAUGGCUAAUCUUCUUUACAACUAUAAUUGGAAACUUGAAAAUGAUAUGCAUCCUAAUGAUUUAGAUUUGGAUGAGAAGUAUGGAAUGACAUUGCAAAAAGCUAAUCCUCUCCGCAUUAUUCCAAUUCCAAGGAAUACUUAAUGAACAAGAUGUUGUUUGUUGAUGAGCUGACCAUGCCGUUACUAGUACUCUAUAAGUGUGUUAUAUGUAUCAAUAAAGUUGGCGUUUUGUUGUGUGUUAUUUUAUCCAUUUUUUUUGAGAUUGCCCA